UUAUUUUUUUCAGUAUUCAGUGCAGAUAUAUAUAUACAUUAUACAACCAUGCCAAUCCAGUUAUGACAUCGUUUGCUAGAAUUAAAACAUGUAAACAUCUAGCAAAAGCACUAAGCAGUAUUGAUGCGCACAAUCAAAAUAGCUUUACCCCGUCAUCUGCUUUAAUCUUUCGCAUGUCACGAUAGUAUUGUGCGGCAGAUUCAAUUUGCAGCUCGCGUUCGCAAGGAAACUCCGCCAAACGCUGUACCCACAAUGCAAAGCUAUGCUAGCGAGUCCUUAGCAGAGCAGCCGGGCUGCAAGUGAAGAAAACAACAACAGGCUACUUUACGAACGAGGCAGCUGCAUGGAUAGCGACAACAACGACGACCAGGAUUGCACGCAUGCAAAGAUUUUUUUUCAAACCCCGAAUGCAUCUUAGCCUUAUAAUGCUAGCUGGCUAGCUCGCUAGCUACCUGCGUCUCUCUAUGUGUGAGUGUCUUCCGGCAGCAGCGGUGGCGGCAGCAGCGGUGCCAUGAACAGUGGACUCCCAGCCUCAGCUGCUCCGCUUGGGGGUGCCGGAAUACCCAAUGUCAAGGUGAAGUUUUGCCGAUAUUACGCGAAGGACAAAACCUGCUUUUAUGGGGAAGAGUGCCAGUUCCUACACGAGGAUCCGUCCAUGUCAGGCUUGCCGCUGCACGGCGGCGGUAGCCCCGUGCCGAUGUCGAUGCCCGGAGGUGUCGGGACGCCCGCGGUGUUUUCUCUCGGCGGCUCCGCAGCGGCCUGCCCGGGCGGCGGGGGGAACGGUGUGCCCAAGAAAAGUGAACCAUUGGGUCCUCCAGGUGCAUCUCUAGAGGGGCAGCUGUUAUCAAUCCCAGGGAUGGAGGGUGCAACCCUGAGCGAUGCCAAUCUCACCAACUCUUACUUCAGCAGCAGCUUUAUUGGCGUCAAUGGGUUUGGAAGCCCAGCUGAGACUAAAUAUUCAAUGAUGCAGCGAAUGACCACCAGCAGCAGCUCUCCCAGUCUCAACGACUGUGCCAAGAACUUCAGCCACAGCCCUCAUGAUCCAGUGAACUCCCCGACAUCCUCACUUUUUAGUGAUUUUGGUGCUCUUACUAUUUCCCAAAGGAGAAAGACUCCUAACCCGGCAGCAAGUGAGUUCAUCCCUAAGGGAGCUCCACGUAUGGCCGCAAUGGUUCAGUCCACUGUCCAGGCCUUCCCUUCGCCUCUUUUCCCACAUCCUGGCCUCCCCACUUCCACGGCUGCUGCCCUGGCUCCUGACUCUCUGUCUCCAAUUUUAGGUAUGUCUCUUUCUGCGGGAUCUUCUCCUCUCCACUCCCCAAAAAUUACACCGCACACCUCUCCGGCUCCACGUCGGCGCAGUCACACCCCAAACCCGGCCAACUACAUGGUGCCCACAAGUGCAGCUGACCAGGGACCUCACAUGAUCCAGAAAGAAACUGUAGGGGGGACCACCUACUUCUACACAGACAACACCCCAGCACCAAUGGCCGGAAUGGUGUUUCCUACGUACCAUAUCUAUCCCCCCACUGCACCCCAUGUGGCUUACAUGCAGCCAAAAGCCAACGCCCCGUCCUUCUUCAUGGCAGAUGAACUCCGACAGGAGUUGAUAAACAGACAUCUGAUAACCAUGGCCCAGAUUGACCACUCAGAGAACACAGAAGUACCCUCGGAGGUGGACAGCUACCACAGCCUGUUCCCGCUCGAGGCCCUGCCCCCACCAAACCGCAUGCAGAAGACCAGCAACUUCAGCUACAUCACCUCUUGCUACAAGGCUGUCAACAGCAAGGAUGACCUGCCUUACUGUCUGAGGAGGAUACACGGUUUCCGCCUCGUAAACACCAAGUGUAUGAUGCUGGUGGACAUGUGGAAGAAAAUUCAGCACUCAAACUCUGUAACACUGAGGGAGGUCUUCACCACAAAGGCCUUUGGAGACCACUCGUUGGUCUUCUCCUAUGACUUUCAUGCGGGUGCAGAAACCAUGUUCGGCAGACACUUCAAUGACCCUGCGGCAGAUUCGUUCUUCACCAAGAGGAAGUGGGGUGAGUUGGUCUACCGUCACAAUGAAGCCAGUAUCACCCCAGAUGCCCAUCUUCAGCCAUCUGCUUCCAACACUUGGGGACAACAUGAACCUCCCCCCCCACGCCAGCAUGCAGGUUUGCUCCCGGAGUCUCUUAUCUGGGCCUACAUCGUCCAGCUCAGCUCGGCCCUGCGCACCAUCCACACCGCCGGCCUGGCCUGCCGCGUCAUGGACCCCAGCAAGAUCCUUAUCACCGGCAAGACCAGGUUACGGGUGAACUGUGUCGGGGUGUUUGAUGUCUUGACCUUUGACAGCAGUCAAACCAAUCAUCUUGCCCUAAUGCCACAGUACCAGCAAGCAGACCUCGUGUCACUGGGAAAGGUGGUGCUGGCGUUGGCAUGCAACUCACUGGCUGGUAUUCAGAGGGAGAACCUGCAGAAGGCCAUGGAGCUGGUGUCCAUCAACUACUCUUCAGACCUGAAGAACCUCAUCCUAUAUUUGCUGACUGAACAGUCUCGCCUGCGCAGCGUCAAUGACAUCAUGCCGAUGAUUGGAGCUCGAUUCUACACACAGCUGGAUGCAUCGCAGAUGAGGAACGAUGUCAUUGAGGAGGAUCUGGCCAAGGAGGUGCAAAACGGUCGUCUCUUCCGCCUGUUGGCCAAACUGGGCACCAUCAACGAGCGCCCAGAGUUUCAGAAAGACCCGUCGUGGUCGGAGACGGGCGACCGCUACCUGUUGAAGCUUUUCCGGGAUCACCUGUUUCACCAGGUGACGGAAGCCGGGGCGCCCUGGAUCGACCUCAGCCACAUCGUCUCCUGCCUCAACAAACUGGACGCUGGCGUUCCCGAGAAGAUCAGCCUGGUGUCGCGGGACGAGAAGAGCGUCCUGGUCGUGACCUACUCGGACCUGAAGCGUUGCUUCGACAGUACCUUCCAGGAGCUGCAGGCCGCAGCCUCCGGCUCUCUGUAGCGCCCCCUUCGGGCACGGGAUGGGACCGGCUGUACCUGGAGCACCCUAUUGCACUACAGCGGAGGACCAGUCUCACGGAGAUGACAUCAGCACGGCGAAGGCAGCGGGGCGGGGCUUCGUGAACCUCAGUCACAUACACUGACUAUGUCCACCAGGAAGGCUUUUUCUAAAGUGUAUUUUUUUUUUAGUUUUCCUAAACACACCCCCCCCCCCCCUACCCCCCUGUUGAAAAUCAUUAAAAAAAACGCGUAGAAAAAAAACCCCAUGAAAGGACAAAUACGGAAACUGUGACAAACGAGUACGACGACAUUUUUUUAGAUUUGGGGAACAAAACACGAAACAAACCAUGAGGUUUUGAACUAAUUCCUGGCUUUUAUUGUUUGUUUCAACAUUUGGGAUUUAUUUUUCUGAGGAGGCUGCACUAAGAUUUUAAUUUUUUGUUAUUUUUUUAUCAAUAUGUGCGAGUGGCCUACCGGGUGUAGAAAGAGCUGGAGACACGGACUCAAACACCAGAGGAGGUGAAACGGAAGAACAACGAAACCCAGCUUUCUAUGGACUGCGCCUCUCUUCCGGCUGGAGACCCCCUUCAUUGUUGACACUCUAGGAGACGGGACACACCACUCAAGGCUUUCAUUAGAGUGGGACGGCACCCCCCCCCCCCCCUCUCUCUCUUUGCUGUGGUUGGGGUUUUUCCCCUGAGAAAAAGGACGAGCCACUUGGGAAGGUGGGAAGGGCUCCUAAAACUGGAAAAAUCAAUUGAUUUAGGAAAUUUUAGUUUGGGAGAUUGUGGAACAUGACGCUUGUGGGUGAGCAAGCUACAAUGGACUUGGAUUUGGGGGCACGGGGGGGGGGGGGGUUGGGUGUACACAUUUAUUUUUUUUGGCACUGAGAAGGGGUGCUUCCUCCUGAUGCCGUUUACCAAGCGUUGUUUUGUUGUUGUUGUUUUUUUUGGAGUAACCACCUUUUUGGUUAAUGAACUGCUCAAGGACGGGUCCUUCUGGUUUGGCUGUCCAGCACACCGAGGGUGGGGCUUCUGUUGAGGUGGAGCCACUGCUGCCUCUUUGGGGAAUGUCCUUAUUUUGUCGCCCACUUGUCCUCCUGCCCCAACGUCCCCUUUCUGUCCCUUUUACUCUCCUCUUAUUUCUACUUUAAUCCCAAUCUUCGAUUCCAAACAGGGGAUGAAGGCCACUGCCCGUUUGCGAUAAAGUGACACGUUUUCCUCUUUAUUUGGAUUUUGUGCACAAAUGAAUGGUGGGAACCGGGAGGGCAAUUUGUUUUUUUGCCUUAAGUCAACCUUUAUUAUUCUGUGGACCAAUUCCAGCAGGGGGAGGGUUCGAGGGGGGUGGGGGGUGGGAUGAAGCACACCGGCGAGAACGGGGCAACAACAGUUACGUUUUAUUUGACUUUUAAAGAUCAUGAAAUACAGACGUGGUGGCGGCGGCUGAGCGGCACUCACUCGGAGGACUUUGACUUUUCUCAGGACGACUUGAAGCCGGAGGGGCCCAAUGAUUGAAUGUGUUUGGCUGUCAUUGGUCAGCCCCGGGGCAGGCGGAUGGAUGAGCUACAGUGGGGUGGACGGGGGAGCUUUUAGGAAGUUGGCGGCACGGUGGAGAUCAGUCAGAGGGACAUCAUGUCGCUCCCUUAACUACGUCUUUGAAUCACCCGUUUUUCAUUUGGUGCAAACCUGCUUCACUCUGAUGGAGAUAAAUCCGAGCUCUGUAUAAUUACUGUUCUUGAUUUCUCUGCCUUAUUCUAGUUCUCAGUAGCUUCUGACGAGUGCGCUCCAGCAAAAGCCUGCAGACCGAAGGGUCUCGUGGAUGAAGCGCUGCGCGAGAGACACACAAAACGAGGUUUAAGGCUUAAACAAGAACAUCGUCUUGGCUUUUUACAUUCACUUUUCAAAGUUGCCAUGGAAGUGGGUGAUCUGUAACGAACCCUGCAGAGAGCUGGCCGUGAUGGAUCAUGUACUACUUCCUCUGUUUUAGUGAUUUGAACAGAAAAAAACAUUUUUGGUGGUGAACGUGGUGCUUUUAGAGAACCCUUAAAACACGCACGCCCGCCUAACGGUCCAGACACUGUCAGUUCUCAUAUCACUAUCUUCCACAUGAUGACACACCCCCCCCCCCCUCCCCCUCUCACAUAAACACACCUACAAUCACCAUCUUAGGAAGUUUUAUGCCCCUCUUGUGUUCAUUGUUUCAAAUUUUGCAAUAUUUGUGUGUACAGCAGUAUUUUAAUAAAGAAUACCAAAAUUGA